AUGUUUUAUCAUAAUGGCAUUCCAUUUGAUUCAACGCGACAAAAGAAGGAACAGAAUUUUGAUGCUGUGGUGGGCGAUGUGACGAUCACACCAAACCGGUCCUUGUACGUGGAUUUUACGGUACCUUACACCGACCUGGGGAUGUCCAUGGUGGUGCCGGUCAGGGAUGACCGAAAGAGUGCAUGGAUCUUCUUGAAGCCGCUGACAGCAAGCCUUUGGCUGGCAAGUGGAGCAUUCUUCGUCUUCACAGGGUUCGUUGUCUGGACUUUGGAACAUGGCAUCAACGAAGUGUUCAAGGGGCCUCUGCUCAAUCAAGUUGGCAGAGUCCUCUACUUCUCCUUUUCAACACUGGCUUUCGCGAACAGGGAGAAGCUGCUUGGUAACUUCACCAGAGUUGUGGUCAUCAUUUGGGUGUUUGCGGUGUUCAUUUUGACAUCGAGCUACUCUGCAAGCUUAGCCUCAAUGCUUACCAUGCAGCAGCUUACUCCUGCUGUCACCGACGUAAAUGAGAUAAUAAGGAAUGGGGGUUACAUUGGCUACAUGGGGCGCUUCUCCAUGCAAGGCCAAUGGAAGAUUGACAAGUCCAAACUCAGGGCCUACAAUUCUGCUGAGGAGCAUGAUGAGGCCUUUUCUAAAGGAAGUUCUGAAGGUGGUGUUUCUGCCAUUAUUGAAGAGAUCCCUUACGUCAAAGUCUUCCUCUCCAAAUAUUGUCACAAAUACACUAUGGUCGGACCGGUUUACAGAACUGAUGGCUUUGGUUUUGCCUUCCCUAAAGGAUCACCCUUCGUCCCCGAUAUAUCGAGGGCAAUAUUAAAGAUGAUCGAUGACAUCGAACAGAAGCUUUACAGGAACAGGAUUGUCUGUUCUAAUGAUAGCAGCACGGCCACCUCAGAAACCCUUUCACUCGAUGACUUCCGGGGUCUUUUCCUCAUUACCGGAAUUCCUUCCACAACAGCUUUAGCAAUCUCUGUGGUUUGCUUCCUUUACGAUCGUUGGCAUGUUCGCGGUGCAAGAACUGAUGAAACUUCGAUAUCAAGAAGGCUCGUCAACAUUUCCAAGUUGUUCGAUCUUUGCUCGUCUUUUGCGAUCAAGAAGAAUGAACGAAGUGUUGCAAGCUUGGCUGAUCCUGAACAACAAAGCCCAUCAAGCCUUUCUAACCGCGUGUGCGGAAACUCUAGUCAAGCGGAAGGAACGACUGAGAGGGACAUUACUCUUCAUAUCCAAGGUCUACCAGCACCUACCGAAAUUGUGGAUGAAACCAGACAAUGA